AUGGCCGAUGUCAGCAAUAUCACGGAGCUUCCGUUGGACAUACUAGUCGGAUGGUCGACUACGAUCCUCAACUCGAAAGGGACACUGUACUCCGUCGGAAUGUUGGAUGGUGAGCAAGGCUUCGGUGGCAGCGUUGAUCCAAAAGCCUUGCGGUUUCCCGCCGGAUAUCCCGAAUCGCCCGCUGCUGCUGCGUACAAUGAGCCUACGAUCACGAUCCGUCAAUUUUCUGCGGGACGAUCGCACAUACUGGGCCUCUCAGACAGUGGUCGAAUCUGGUCUUGGCAUAGUUUCGAUCAGGCUGCUGUUCAGGUCAAGUUCGUCAACAUAGACCUGAAAGAAGACUCUUCUGGUGGUUCCAACAUCACAAACAGCUCACUCUUUGGAACCGUGAAGCAGGUAGUUGCAGGUUGGAGCUAUAGCUCAGCUUACAUCCAUGGUGUAGGUAUUGUUGUAUGGGAUCCAAUUCGACCCAGAGUAGCUCGGCACGGUCCUCGACGAGCUCGUUCGGUCCCACGACGAGCCCUACAGCAGGAGCCAGAACCUGACACAAUGUUGUUACUUGAGAACUUCGAGCUCCCAAAGACAGGAUAUCAACGCCCGAAAGGAGCGUUGCGACAAACGGAGCUAGAUCGAGCUCUUGGCGAAGAAGUCGGACAAGUGAAGAACUACAUUAUCCUUGAGCACUAUGCCGUCUUUGUCACCGAUAUCGGCAAGGUAUUCUGCAGCAAAUUUGACGAAAAAGACAAGGCAGACAAUAUUCAAGAACUCUGCGCAUUACGUUGCAAGCCUGGGACAGCCCUGGACGUGCAAGGCUCGUUCCGAACGUUUGCAAUCUUUAGCGACGGCGCAGUGGCCAUUGCGGAGCAACUCUACCUGGAAAGGUGUUGGAAUGCUCGUGCAACUAAUCCUGAGCAAACGAAUAUUGCAGGACUAAAGCGCAUCCCAGCUCUUCAGAACAACAACGUUGUGUCGAUAGCUUUCGGCGACUACCAUUUUUUGGCCUUGCAUUCCACCGGAAAAAUCACGUCAUACGGCAAGCACAUGCCGUCCUAUGCAGCUCUCGGCCUUGGAGAACUACCGGCUGCUCGUCUUCGUGGUAUUGACGACAACGGGCUUCUACCACAUGCUUAUACGAAGGGACGUGAAGUGUGGUUUCGCCAAGAGCAGCAUGAAUGGCUGAAACUACUUUCCUCAGGCGGUAAAGAUCCACAAGAGGCACAAGAUCGUUGGAGUGCGUAUGUCGACAUGAAUUGGCCUGUCAUAGGCGAGGUUAGCGAAUGGGUUGAGCAAGAGGCCAGAGCAUGGGACGAGGACAAGGGGGAAGAUGGUCUCGGUGCUUAUUUUGCGCUCAGGGUAAGUGCAGCUGGGUGGCACUCAGGCGCUGUGCUUCUGGUAAAUGAAGAACUCGCGAACAAGACGAAUAUUUACGAUUGGGCCAACAAGCCAUUCCCUCGGCUAAGACUCAGCACUGGGGAGGAGAUGCCAGGUUCAAUUCCGUUCGACGAAUGGCGGGAGGGCAGACCUGAGUGGCAGCUUGACUGGUAG